CUCCUAACCCUCGAGUUGCUAUGGUAACAGCAUGUACACAAGAAAUGGCGGAAAACUGGGGAUACGAGAGUGCUUUUAAAAUGACAGAAAGAGAAUAAGCCUCGGAAUAAGCACUAGUUUGCAAACAUAAUAAUCAUCAUGCUGUUGAAAUACUUGGGCUCAAUUUUACCUGCGCAAGAAUGUGAGAACAGAGUAGUUGCUAUUGUAUGGUCCCCUAACAGUUUGAGACUUGCUGUCGCAUCUUCUGAUCGUUGUAUAUAUUUAUUCGAUGAUAGGGGAGUGAAAAAAGAUAGAUUCUCUACUAAACCUGUUGAUCCUAAGCAUGGAAAAAAAAGCUACCUGAUAAAAGGGAUAGCAUUUUCACCAGACUCAACGAAAAUCGCUGUCGGACAAACGGAUAACAUUGUUUAUGUUUAUCGGAUCGGGGAAGAUUGGGGUGAAAAGAAAGUGAUUUGCAAUAAGUUCAGCCAACCUGUAGCUGUAACGUGUUUGAUAUGGCCAUCCGAGGGCCCAAUUGUUGUUGGCUUAGCAGAUGGCAAAGUGCGGGCUGCAAUGCUAAAGGCAAACAAAAGUCACACUUUGUACUCCGCUGCCUCCAUGACGAUUUCCCUAGCUGUCAACAUAAAAGGUACUGGAUUUCUAUCUGGACACGCAGAUGGUAGCAUUAUUCGUUACUACGUUGCUGAAGAUAGCCAAGCAGAGCCCCAGGGACGAGUCUUGACUCAUGGAGUCCCAGCUUAUGCUCUGGCAUGGCCCGCAGGUCAUAUUUUUGCAGCAGGCUGUGAUAAGCGAAUAUUUUUUUAUGAUCAACGAGGUAAGCCGGUCCGAAACUUUGAUUAUAGCCGUGACAAGGGUGAGAGGGAAUUGACAGUGGCGUGCUGCAGUCCAAGCGGACAGAGCGUUGCUGUUGGCUCUUGGGAUAAAAUAAGAUUGCUGGAUUGGACCCCUAGAAAAGGAAUCUGGGAGGAAGCCAAUACUCGUGCAUUGCCUCAUUUGUAUACCGUGACUGCAAUGACCUGGCGAAAAGAUGGCUCCCGGCUCAUGGUUGGUGGCUUGUGUGGAGCAAUAGAGCAAUUUGAAUCGAUUCUAAGGCGUACAAUAGUCCGAGGGAGUCACGAGGUGGCUUACGUUGGGCCAAGUCAAGUGGUGGUCCGUCCGUUGAAUAGUACAAAUCGCCCGAUUGUUAUCAGGUCUCAGACAGGGAACGAAAUAGAAGAUGUCAGAGUCCUCGGACGCAAAGAUAAUCACAUAGUGGCUCGAACGUCGACAACCCUCUUGGUCAGUGACAUAGAAUCUAAUUUACUGAGUGAAAUCCCUUGGGAAGACAAGGGUGGUAGAGAGAAAUUUUUUCUGGAGUACCCAGGAGUUUGUUUGAUAUUUUGUGCUGGAGAAUUAACCAUCAUUGAGUAUGGACACGGCGAAAUAUUGGGAUCGGUGAGAACGGAAGCGGUGAAUCCACAUGUUGUGAGCAUCAGGGUUAACGAAAGACAAGGACUCGGGCUGCCUAAUAACAAGAGGCUGGCGUAUCUCCUAGAUCCUCGUACAGUCUGUAUAAUGGAUCUGACAACAAGCACGACGAUAUGUAUAACUGUCCAUGACGCUAAAGUUGAUUGGCUAGAGCUCAGUGAGACCGGUCACAGACUUUUGUCAAGGGACAGAAAAGGUGGGCUUUGGCUUAGCGAUGAUAAAGGUACACGUACACUUCUACUUGCAGGGGCAAGUUUUGCCUCUUGGGUACCAGGUAGUGAUGUUGUUGUGGCUCAAACUGGAACCACACUUGCCGUAUGGUAUAAUGUAGAUUCGCCCGAAGCUGCUACUUUAAUUCCAAUCAAAGGAGAUGCUGUCGAUAUUGUGCGAAACAACAAGCAUACCAGGGUCAUGGUAGAGGAAUCUGGUGGACAGAUUGGAUAUAUUCUUGACGAAGGAUUGAUAGAAUUCGGCACAGCACUUCAUGACAAUGACUUUGGACGGGUGAUUUUGUAUUUGGAAGAACUAGGAGACAGACCUCAGGCCGAGGCUAUGUGGGAAAAUGUUGCUAGGAAUGCCAUGGCUGCCAAGCAGUUUUAUAUGGCUGCAAGGUGCUAUGCUGCUCUUGGUGAUGUAGCGUACUCAGAUUUUUUAACAGAAAUAGUUGAAGAUGGAAAGGCUUACGCUUUUGAAACUGGCAACGACGCCCUUGUUAAUCCAGACUGUUGGGCUAAGAUCGCUAUUUUAAAUGGGGAAUUAAAAAUUGCAGAGGCUAUUUACCUGGAGCAGAAUGAGUUGGAUAAGGCUCUUGAAAUGUAUCAAAAAUACUGGCACUGGGGGGAUGCCUUAACCCUUGCUCAAAGUAGGGCAUGGAAUGGGCUCCAAACUCUGAGAGAUGAUCACUUGACAUGGCUACUCGAUAGCGGGCAGGCUGCACAGGCUGCUGCUAUCAUAGAAUCUUUCAAUCCUCGGCAUGCAGUGACUCUAUACUUGCAAGCUAAUCGUCCCGGUCGAGCUGCACGUUUGAUGCUCACCAAUGAGGAUCUAAUGGACGAUCCAAGUGCGAUCGGUGAAGUAAUAAGCGCGUUAAAAGCAGCGGAUCUUAUGGAAUUAGCUGGAGAAGUUUUUGAAAAGUCAUCAGAUCCGGUAAACGCAAUAAAGUGCUACUCACAGGCAGGAGUUUUUGCCCGUGCUCUGGAACUGGCACGAAAGGUUGAACCUAAUUCAGUAGUCAACCUCGAACGAGAAUGGGGACAUCACCUUGCGGCCGCCGGACACUUCGAUGCAGCUAUUAAUCAUUUCAUAGAAUCAGGAGAGACGGCAUUGGCUUUGAAUGCUGCCAUAAAAGCACACCAAUGGCGAAAGGCACUCCAAAUUGUACAGGUAAUUGAAAAUGACAGUCCCGAGAUUCAAAAGCAAUGUGCAAGAUUGGGAGAAUACUUUGCUUCAAUCGGGGAUCGUGAAACGGCAGAGACGUUACUACUUCGUGCAGGACAAGCGGAGCGAGCUAUUGAGGCACACAUCAACUCUGGUAAUUGGGCAAGGGCACACAGAGUAGCGAUGAACCAUAUGAAUUCCGAUGAAGCCAACCAGGUAUUAGGGAAACACGCAGAGGCAUUGGAGCAAGCUGGGAAUCUACGACAGGCGGAGUCUCUUUAUAUUGCAAUAAAUCAGUAUGAUUUGGCAAUCGCUAUGUAUAGACGUGAAGGACACAGAGGAGACAUGGUUAGACUUGUUCGCGAACACAGACCUGACUUGCUUCAGGCUACUCAUGCCCAUUUAGCCAGGGAAUUAGAGGCUGCGGGAAAACUUAGGGAUGCAGAGGAACACUUCCUCGGUAAUGGGGAUUGGAGAGGCGCUGUUGCUGCUUAUAAAGCAGCGAAUAUGUGGGAAGAUGCUCUGCGGGUGGCAGAACAAGCUUCUGGAGAAAAGGCAGGCCAACAGGUAGCACUGAUGUGGGCUCAAACAUUAGCACCAGAGUUAGGUGCUAGACUGUUGAUGCGCCUGGGUUACUUCGAGCCUUGUCUGCAGCUAGCUUGUGAGGCAAAUUUAUUCGACUGGGUCUUGGAAAUUGUCAAGUAUGGUAACUGCGAUCAAAAAAAAGAGGUUUACUACAAACACGCGAUGGCUCUUGAAGACGAGGGGCGAUUUUCUGAGGCGGAAAAUGAGUUCGUUCAGGCUGGCAAGGCUAUGGAAGCCGUCCAAAUGUAUAUUCACACUCGGGAUUGGGAUGCAGCGGAAGAAGUUGCAAAAUCGCAUUAUCCAGAUGGACUUGCACAAGUUCUUGUGUCUAGGGCUGCAGAUGCUGCAAAAGCGCAGGAUUAUGCACUCGCAGAAUCUCUUUUGUUACGAGCCCAUAAGCCAGAAAUUAUCGUCAAUCAUUACAAGAAUGCGGGAAUGUGGUCAGAGGCAAUGCGGGUAUGUCGAGAGUAUUUACCGAGUCAGGAGGCAGCGUUGAGACGAGAAUUGAAUCAGGCAAGUUCGGGGAUAGAGGCAGGUAGCAAAAACGGAACAUUUGAAGAAGCCAGAAGGUGGUUGGAGGCUGGAGAAGUCCGAGCUGCGUUGGACGUCUUAAUAUUGGAUCCCGAAGCACCAAAAGCUGCACUUGUACAAGCUGCAGAUAUUCUUAUCAACCAGGCCGAUUUUGAUAUUGCAUUUCAAGUAGGCGAGGAUUUGGGUGCCAGGUUAUUCGCCCUUGGUGAAUAUGCCCUUGCUGCUCAGGUGUUUAUUCAAGCUGACAAGCUUAAGAGUGCCGUUGACGCACUAGCUUCGGUAGGUGAGUGGGGCAGAGCCAAACGGGUGGUGAAGGAAUUAGCACCUGAGCUUGACCCGUACUUGGAAGUGAAGUACAAAGAAGCUAUGGUAAGAGACGGGCAGAUAGAUCAGUUGGUUGAAAUCGAUGUGGAAGCUGCAAUUGAAAUUCUAGCUCAUAAGGGUCAAUGGAAUCAAGUAUUUGAGUCGGCGGGUUCACAAAGUCCACAAUUGCUCCAUAAAUAUGUCGCACAACGAGCUGCUCAACUCUUGAAGACCGGUUCAACUACGCAGGCACUUCAACUGUACAUACAAUACGGUGCUCCUUUGAUUCCACAGAACUACAAUCUUUAUUAUCAUAUGUCAGAGCUUGUUCUGAGCUCUAAGGAUUCCGGAAAAGAUUACAAAAGUCUUUCUCAGUUGCGAAACAUCCUACUUGGGUUGGUGAAAGGCAUGGAAACGACAUCGCAAGAAGCGAGAAGAUUUGAAAGGGUUCUAUGGGCAGCCCAUUAUUCGGCUUUGAAAUGUGCCUGCCAAGAGUUUACCUCUCUUAACGGUUUACUGAUGAAAGUGACAAUCUCACUUCUGCGCUUUUCAGACAUUUUGCCAGUUGAUCGCUGUUAUUAUGAAGCAGGUAUCGGGGCUCGAGCCAUGGGAUUGAACAGUGAGGCGUUCGUUUUUCUAAACCAUUUCUUGGAUCUUGAGGAAUGCAUUGAAGAAGGGGAUGGAGGGUUACUGGAUGUUGAAGAUCUGAAGGUGACAGACUUUCCCAUUGAAGUACCACUUCCGAUGGAACUUAACUUGACCUCUAAACAGAGAGAGGAAGUUAGGGAAUGGGUUCUGACGGUAUCUAUGGACCAAAAAGUAGAACAAGGCCUUCCAGUUGACCAAAGAGGAGUUUACGUGGGAUCCUUGACAAGUACCUCCGAUACGGCCGAAGUGCUACCAGCAUGCGUAUUGACUGGAUAUCCUAUUCGGGGGCCGGUCAUUAAUUUUGAAGGAAGUAUUUAUACUGCCGAUCGUGGUGAUUGGAACAAAUUAGUAAGCACUGCGAAGCAAUCUUCCCAGGACUCUGUACUCAACGACGUACUGUUAUUCGUUCAAAAAUUUUGUGGAAUCGGACCUAGCUAUUCCUUCUAAUGAAAACUCAAACGAUAUUAUUUGACUAUUUAAUUAUAGAGAUAAUGUAUUUUAUAAGAAAGAAAAAAACUUUAAUAGAUUAUUCGAAAACAAAAA